CUGAAGAGCGGAGGGGUGCCCGGGCGCGGGGCACGCGGGCACACGAGCACCAAGGGACAUGGCUAAAGGGGUCGUCCUGCUGGGCAUCGCCGCCGCUCUGUCGGUGGGCGCGGUGGUGGGCCAAGUUAUCACCUCGACAUGUGGCGAGUGUGACAGAUCCAGCUGUGUUGAUGUGGAAGCCUCUUGUCCGGGCGGUCUGGUGCUAGACGCUUGCGGGUGCUGUCAGGUGUGUGCGCGAGGCCUGGGUCAGCGGUGUGAGAACCGCACUACCAGUAGUCCUCCAUUAACAACCACAACCUCAGCGCACUAUGGCGAAUGCGGGGAGUACCUGGUUUGUCGCACUCGUACCGAUACAGGCGGUACGGGUGAGGCCACGUGCGAGUGUGAAGAUCAAGGGGAAGUGUGUGGGACAGACGGGACCACCUACACAACUCUCUGUCACCUCUUAAUGGAAACUGUAAAAAGACCUAAUCUCAAUGUUGCUGUAAGAGGUCCUUGCAAGACAGCCCCUGUGAUCAAAUCCAAGCCAGAAGAUAAGAUAAGACCACUUGGAAGCAUUUUGGUACUGGACUGUGAGGUUGCUGGUUACCCAGUACCAGAUAUUACCUGGGAACUGAACCUUUCUGAUGGAUCAUCAUUCAAAUUGCCAGGUGAUGACCCUUCAUUUGCUGUUCAAGUUCGUGGUGGUCCUGAAGCUUACAUGGUUACUGGGUGGGUUCAGAUAAUGCGUAUUACAAAGGCAAAUCUUGGUACUUACACUUGUGUGGCUACCAAUUCUGAGGGAGAGGUUCGUGCUUCUGCUUCUGUUGCAACAGAGAAACCUGGAGAAAAAGAAAGUUCCAUUCAAGACCUGUAAUCAUCAGAAUCUGCAAUGAGACAGCACAAUUUCAGCUGUGAGCACUGCCAUAGUAUUUAGUCUUUAUAUACUUACUGUAGUUUUACACUUAAGUUUUAUAUAUUUUAUUGUCUAUUAUCUGAAAUUAAUUUUAGUACUUCUAUAGAUAGUGUGUGAAUGUGAGAACUGUUGUAGUAAUCUAUUUCUUCAGUCACCAUUUAAGAAUAGCAUUAAUAGAAACACUAUUUUACUCAUUGAAUUUUAUACUUCUAAGAUGCAUCUUGUUUGAAAUAUUUACAUACAGUAUUUUAAUAAGUCACUAGGCUAGAAGUAACUAAGUAUUUACACUGGUAUCAUUACUUUUAAUGUUAAACUGUGAGCUUUAUUUUAUUGAUUAAGUGUUUAGUAAACUGUAGGAAGUU